UCAAUCGACAACAUGGUUGAGUGGUCUGCAGAGGAGCGCGCUGCCAUCCAGGAGGUCUUCAACAAACUGGACUAUGACGACGUCGGUCCCAAGGCCCUUUGCAGGGCUUUAAUCGUUUACCCCUGGACUCAGCGGUAUUUCGGAGGUUUCGGAAACCUGUACAACGCAGAGGCCAUCCUCUCUAACCCGAUGGUAGCCGCUCAUGGCAUAGUUGUGCUUCACGGAUUGGACAGAGCCAUGAAAAACAUGGAUGACAUCAAGAACACCUACACUGAGCUAAGCGAACUGCACUCGGAGAAGCUCCACGUGGAUCCUGAUAACUUCAAGCUGCUGGCUGACUGCCUUACCGUCGUGAUUGCUGGGAAGAUGGGCUACGCCUUCACUCCCGACAUGCAGGCUGCCUGGCAGAAGUUCCUUGCUGUGGUCGUUUCCGCUUUGAGCAGACAGUACCACUAA